AUAUGUACCAUAUUUUUCAGGCAUUGUCAUGUGUGGAGUAAAGUGAAGCAUUUCGGUAUACAAAGAAUAAUACCUCACAAGUCAUUACUUUUACUCCAGUAAAGAAAUACAAAUUUUAAGGAAGCCCUAGCAACAUGACUGAAAUUAAUCGUUCGCCGAAUCCAUACACAACUAAAUUAAUUCGACAGCUUUUAAUAGUUGCUUUGAUAUCGAUUCAUUUAAAAAUUUCGCUUGCCAGUAAAAUUGUGUGUUUACAGAUCCCUUCCGCAAUCCAAAUAUUUGCGGGUCUCCGCAAUGCGAUGCUUUUUACAAAAAAUUCAGUUUUAGGGAUAAGAUAUAUAAAUACGAAUACCACAUCGAUUUGACCACAGAGUUUUCUGGCACUGGCGGUAAUGCAUCGAGCCUUUUUCUAAAGGCUACUUUAGACGUAUUUUUCCCAAAACCUUGUGAAGGAUUUCUUCGAAUAAAUGAUGUUAAACUAUGGGAUACUCAAGUCAAUCAAAAAAAAAAUAGACAUUCCCAAUUACAAUGACAUCGAAGCCAUAAGUUCAAAUGAAGAUGAUUACUAUGGAGAAUUUUCAGACUCAACGACACAUGCAGAAACUCGUGAUGAUAAUGAUGAUAUGCACCCAAAAAGUUUCGAAAUGGCAAGAGAUCUACAAGAACAUUUAUUACGUUUCUCGUUUGAAGAUGGUUUAAUUACUGAAGUAUGCCCAAACUCUAAAGAAUCUGUUUGGGCGUUAAACUUUAAAAAGGGUAUAUUGUCAGCUUUUCAAAAUACAAUGUCGCGUUUUGAUGUGGAUUUUAAUACAACAGAAACAGAUACUUCAGGAGAAUGUAAUGUAAACUAUUCAUUAGAGGAUACUAAUGAUGUUUUCAUUCAGAUACGCAAAACAAAAGAUAUUAUUUCUUGUCGGAACCGUUAUUCAACAAACUCGAUAUUACAAACUACUCCAUACAAUUUUCGGGAUGAUAAAAAGAUAUGGCCUAUACUUAACUCCAAAAGCUAUUGCAAUGUAAGUAUGAUUUUUUUUUAAUUACUAAAAUUUGUAAAUUCCGUU